UAGAUGAGUAAGCUUGGGACGACCUGCUGCUUCUUGUAGUCCCUUGUUUCCCCGCCUCUACUCACACAAAGAUAGUUAAGCAGUAUCUCCAUAACUACAUUCUGGUAUCUUGGCAGGCACGUCUAUCCCUAACAACAUGAAUCCAUAUUCUUUUAAACAAAUGCCCAUGUUUCACAUACACAAGCAACAUCAAACUGGCCAAAAGUAGGUGUCUUGUCUAUCACCACUGCAUGUUAGCACAGUUUUGUAAAGCAGCGAAGAGCUGGACAAAAAAGUGAUGCAUGGAUCUCAUCAUAGCAUUCCUUGUAGUGAAUUGUUACUUUUUCAGUAGAAAAUCAUUUUUUAUAUCCCAUCAUUUCCUAAAAAUUAUUGAAGUCCCAGCAAUUCAAGACUUCACUGCUGUACUGUUUCUGUGCUAAGCAUGGUGCUUGAGGUGGGUAAAGGCCUGCGUGUGGAGCAGAAUGCCAGGCCUGUGUUUAAGACCAUAAUGAGAUUUUACUUUUGUAAGCAUGACUGAGUACCCAAGCCCAAGAAAUGUUUGAAUGUGUGUGGCAUGUAGUGUAGUUUUAAAAAUAAGUCUUUAGUUCAGGACAACCGGUUCUCCUUUGUCAGACUUCAUGCCACUUCAAGCCAGCCCAAGGGAGAACGGCUGGUUCCACAUCUUCAGGUACUUAAAGACCAGAGCUUUGAAGUACAGUAUAAUUAAGAUACGCUUGCCAAAUGGGUAAACAUAGCAGCUGUAGUAAAUCAAAAGGCUGAUGUAAAUAACCAAGAGCAUUUAGGUUCUCUUAAGCAUGGCAGGUAAUCAGCAAUUUUGUGCACAGAUUGAGAGCUGAAGCUUUACAUCACUGUUAAUCAGUACUUCUGCACAAAGGAAAAGCUUCUCAUUAUGUUGUUCCCUAAGGCAACAGGGGUCAACAAGCCCAGCUUCUCAUUAGAGCUUCUCAUCUGCACAGGCUUCAAUCCUAGGAUUCUUCUUUAUCCUAGGAUAAAAGGCUGCAUGGGGCCACUCUAGCUAUGAAGGCAGAAAAGGAAGAAAAAAGACCCACACCAGCAACUUCAGUUGCUGUGCUGCUGAUCAGGCCCCAAAGUGACUCCAAAUCCAUCUGACGUACCAUCAUCUGGAAAGACUUGAGCAGAUGAUGUGGAAAAGCUCCUCAUGCAUCGCCUGUCUGUCAUUCCCAUUCCCAGCAGCACCUCUGUUAGUAAAUAGCAUGCAGCAGUCACAACAGUGGCUAUCCAGGAAUGCUCACAGCUUGCAGCACUGGGUUAUGCUAAUUCUCCCACAGCAUAUAAGGUACUAUUUGCUAUGAUAAUGUGUUUGCUGCUAUGCAUGAAAUAGUGUGUUGCAGCUUUGGACACAAGAUUGCUGUAGCAGACAAUCCAGUGGGAGAACCCCAACAGCUCCAUGAGGGGGUGCAUGCAAAAUCCACUCGUGGGGAGGCGUCAAACCAGCAGCUUCACCACUGGUGCAUGGCCUUCCCCAAAGGACUAAGGACCCAAAGAUGUGGAUUCCUCAUGUUGCUGGAUGAUAGCUUAUAUGGUUAAUGAUUUUGGAACACAUUAUUAAAAUAAAAGCAGAGGAAACUUCACUUAAAAUACAGCCACACCCUCAUGCAAAGAACUGGCCCUCGCUCUGUUCUCCCACCACCCCUCGUGCUCUGGCCUCUGCAGCCAUUAUUAAGAGGUUUGCACUUCUGGGAAACUAAAACACUGGCUUCUUUGACAUCACCCUGUCUUUUAAAGCCCACAUAUGACUAGCAAAGUGUUUACCAGCAAGAAAACCAAGAAAGCUUUUUAAGUCUCCAAAGCUAAUAAAAUACUGCUUGGAGCUUUGAGUUUCUGCACCAGUAGAGACGAUUCCACAAGCCCAAUGGGAGGAGAUGGCUAUUUUAAUCAUCCUGCAGUCGCUUAAGGAUAGGUUCCCUUCUUGAUUUAGAAUGCUUUCAACUCAGAACACUAAGCCAUAAAUACGUUUGGAGCUGAGGCUGAAGAAGAGUUAAUGUUCAUCUUUCUUGUUUUAUUUUAAAAUAUACCCUUGGAUCUCUCAAUGUGUAGCAGGCAUCAGUGAGUCACUCGAGGCAGUUUAAAGAUAUUUUGGAAAAAGCUGCAAAGUAAUUUUGGGGGGUUGUUUUUCUUUUUCUUUUUUUUUUCUUUUCUUUUUUUUUUCCAGUCAUAAGCAGACUUGGCACAGUUACUUGUUUUUGUUUGUAACAGGACAACUAGAGACCUUAAUGGGCAUAUCACACCCCUCAGCCACGCAGACACCCCGGGAGAAAUUAAAGGACCUGAUGUCUGACUCCACCAGCCAUUUUGUGAUGGUCAGUCUGGGGAAGUGGUGACAAGGGGCGUUAGCACUCAUCCUCUGUGCAGCAGCACAUCAGCUGUAUGUUUAGAACAAAGAGCACAGCUGUACCAGUGGAAGGAGGAAACAGCAGCAAGGACAUUUUUCCAACCCCCUCCCAGUUCAUCCUGCCUUAUGAAUCUGACUGGUGCAACAUGCAAAGCAUCUACAGAGGAUUACUGAGAUAUUGAGACAGAAAUAAAGCAAAGGGAAGUCAGUCAUUCAGUCAGAAACUGAAAUCCAUCACAGAGACUCCUGUACUCUGGUCCAGCUCCCUCCCUUCUUCCACUCUGCUGGCAGAGUAACCAGGCAAGGCCAGAGCUGAUCCUGUACAUCCAAAUUCCUAUGUCUUCCCUAUAGCAGGACAUUUAUCUGGCUACUCAGUGUCUCACAUUCAGUUUGACCUUGAGCCAACACCACAACCAUGUCUGGUGAAUGGAAUAAACAGAGCACAAGCACUGCUGUUGAGGCCAACACCAACAAUCCGCUGUUAUAAGGGGUAUUUCUGGCAGAAUCCCGGAGCGAGGAGAAUGCCAUGUUCCAUCUUUAGCAGAACGCCUUGCUUUGCUGUACUCUGCUUCUUGCCUUGUUUGUGUGAGUCUUUUUUUAACCAGAACCUUGGGCUUCCAAUGUGUGCAGACAGGACAAAUAUAGUGACGCUCAAGCACAUACCUAUUAUUUAGCUGUUAUAUAAAGCCCACCGGAGAGUGCCACUAACUCACAUUUUUGGUCUGCUGGAAACUUCUGCUAGAAAUUUGUUCUGAUCUGUUGCCACCUUGCGGGGAUCAUUUCUUAUUCCCCCCACACAAGCAAAUCCCCAGCAUGUUUUUAGAUGAGUACAGAGAACCCCUGUUAGUCACAACAGUGACCACAGAGAGGAGUUUGCCUUUGAGAUUCUUUAAUUAUUUCCCACAACUUCACUAGGUAACCUUUCAUAAUGUAGGAUACCAUCUGUGCUUUUCACGUGGUGGCAGAGGUCCCCAUUCUGACAGGUGACAAGGAACUUUGUCAGCGCCUAAUUUAGGCACCAAUUUGUGUUGCACAUCAUUCAUAAAGUCACACUUCUCCAUUCCCCCAUUAAGUGACUUAGGUCCUCACAGCUCCAUGUGAGUGAUGGGGAAAAAUAUGAGUCCUUGUAAAUGGAGAGACUGAUAAAUCAAAGACUGUCAUGAAAAACAGGGAGGGAUCUUCCUCUAGAGGAUCAAUGCCAUUACUUGGAUAUAUUGAACAGAUGAAGACAGUUAACAUUCACUGCAUUGUCUCCAUCAGCCUUACAAACACAUUUUUUAAGCUUCAGAACAAAAUCACAAAGAAUUAUUCUCAAUGCGACAUCUAAUCAUUCCCGCUUAGUCAGCACCUCAAUACAGCAUCUCAGAUACAGUGUUUUGCCCCUAAUACCAAAACACUGGCAUUGCAGAUGCCUCUGCUUUACAGGGGGCUCUGCAAAUUCAUGCACCUUCACUCAUUGGGAUGAAAAAGGAGAGGAAAGGUACAGUGGGGUGAGCUCCCCUCCCUUCUGUCCCUUGCCAUGAGGUAAAGAUGAGCUUUUUUUCCAAAAGCUAAACUAAAUGGUAAUGCCCAGCCUCCUACUCAGAUUUUUCAUCUCAAUUUCUAGAAAUUCUGCAAUUUGGUAUCUCACUACAGCAUUCUGGAGAGGGAGAAAGUGAGAGCAUGGGGAAUGCAUGGCUGCUGCAGGAAAUGGGAAGAAGGAAGGCAGGCGAAUGGCUCCCCAGUCCUUUAGUCGCUGUGAUUCAAUAACUGGCAUUGUAACAACUAGCACAAGCUCAUUAAAGGAAUUUCUCCUUGAAUUACUGGCUGAGAAGCAGGGAAGUCUGCUGUGCAUCUCACUGAUUCCAUGGCCGUGUCUUCAAAACCCAGGAUUUUCACCAGGGUGGCUGCAGUUGGUUUAAGCUCACUAAAGAAAAGGACCACGGAAAGAGAUCUGGGGGUUCUGUUUGACAGUGUGCUCUGGUGACCAGAAGGGACAGCUGUACCCUGGGGUACAUCAAGCACAGCACUGCCAGCCACUGCCAGAAGUAUGGUCUGAAACUUUUUGGGUAGUCCUGUGUGGAGUCAGGAGUUGGACUUGGUGAUCCUUGCAGAUCCCUUCCAGCUCUGGAUAUACUGUGACUCUAUGAUUAAUUAUAAGACAUCUCUUGUAGACACUCAACAGGACUUUUUCUCAGAAACUGAAUUUAAGGCCUUGAAAUUAACUGGCAGUAUAUUUGGACCUUUGAAUCACAUACAUGCCAAGAUUAGACAGAUUUCUAACUGGUUAUAGCCAUGGCACUGUAAAUACAACAUUCAGUCUGUUUCUUUUAAGGGUGCUGCUCUAACUAUUCUAAGCAUCACAGUUUAGUCUACUGUUUAAAUACAAAUUGCAUAUUCCCAACAGCUGGGAUAUGAGACCAAGCUAUUUAACAGUGAUGUUUUACUGUAAUAGGUUGAAUUCAACCCAACAAUUCAAGGCCAACAUGCAGUGAAACUUUGCCACUUGAGGGAGAGCAGUUUACUAAAGGUGAGACCCAAAUCUGGACAGUAAAGAACUCUGCUGUGGCUCACUAGAAGGUUAAAUUUCUAUGGCCUUUCCUCUCUACUGAACUGCUCUUUUGUGCCAGGUAGGAGCUUUCAGACUGGUCUUCUGUCUGAACUUCAAAUUGCUGCCAAAAGAGCCCUACUCUUUCUUGAUAGAUCCUGUUCAACCAAUUGCUAUAUAUAACAGAGUGUGUUUCCACAGUGGAUACCACAAGGAACAUGCGCAGCAUUUGCUGUGCUGAAGUGGAAGACCAUCAAAGACUGAAAAAUAGGCAGACAGGACAAGUAGUAAAUUGCUUCUGUGACAGCUGCGACUGCAUCUGAAGAGAAAUGGACAUAACACAGAGUAAAGAAUCACAUGCAAUGAAGUAAAAUGUGGCUUCCUAGUAAACCUGGAACUUACUUUCUCAGUUGUGUAAACUCCAGGAUGCCACUGGAUGUCCAAGAAAAAGCCUGGGAUAGAGAGUUAAAAUAAAUUUUCUGUGACAUCUUUUCUCUCAGCAUGAGCCAGCAGUGUGCCCAGGUAGCCAAGAAAGCCAAUGGCAUCCUGGCUUGUAUCAGGAAUGGUGCAACCAGCAGGUCAUGGAGGUGGCUGUUCCUUGGUACUCAGCAUUGGUGAUGCUGCCCCUCACCAGUGUUCAGUGUUUGCCCCUGCUGUGUUCAGUUUUGGGUACCAAGAAAGACAGUGAGGACCUGAAGAGUGUUGAGAGAAGGGCAACAAAGUAGGUGAAGGGUCUGGAACACAUCUUAUGAAGUGCACCUGAAGGACCUGGAUUGUUUGGUUUGGAGAAAAGGAAGCUCAUGGGGGACCUUAUAGCUGUCUACAACUCCCUGAAAGGAGGCUGUGGUGAGGUGGGGAUCAGCCUCUUCUCCUGGAUAACAGUGACAGGAUGAGAGAGAACAGCCUCAAGUUGUGCCAGGGCAGAUUCAGGCUGGAUAUUAGGAAGAAUUUCUUCUCAGCAAGAGUGCUGAAGUAUUGGAAUAGGCUACAGAGGGAGGUGGUGGAGUCACCAUUCCUGGAGGUGCUUAAGGAAAGGGUAGACAUGGUACUUAGGGACAUGGUUUAGUGGGGAUGGUUGGACUAGAUGAUCUUAGAGGCCUUGUCCAACUUUAAUGAUUCCAUGAUCUAGCUUUUGCUGCAGUGCAAAACAAUAGUGAUAGUCUUGUUCCGAGCACUGAAAACAGCUUGUGAGAAUGGAAAUCACCAUAAGCAAUUUGUGAUAAGUACAGCAUCAUAUAAACCACCAGUAGGUGCUACUCCAGGCCAUAAGCUGAAGAAAUGACUAGCCUACAUUUUUAUGUAUUACACCAAUGCAGCUAUAUAAGGCUUGAUCCAAUAAUACCUUCCUCUCAGCCUUUAUUCCUGGUUUGCAACUUUUUUUACACCAGAACAACCCCUCUUUGGCCAGUUUCAACUGCCCUUAGUACAGCCCUAAGAUACUGUAGCCCAGUGAGUCAUCCCCACUUUGGGUCUGUAUAUCUAUUCCAUCUGGUCUCUGAGCAGAGGAAUGUAAAAGUGAGCAUUCUAACCCUGUCGUUAGCCUGUAACUCAUUCUUUUCAUACAGCAUAAAGAAAGAAUAAUCAGAGGAAAAAAUGGAUGGUACAAAUGAGCCACUGAAAAGUGCAAGGGUGCAUGCAGUGACAAGAAACUGAGUAUGUUUUAAAUAACUUCUAAUUCCUUGUGCAGUGAGUUCAAGAAGUAAAUUGAACUAAGAUUUAAUACUUUCCAGCCAGCUUCACUUUAUGAAAUAUGUCCUUUGAAACACAAAGUCAUCAACUGCUACUGAGAUAGACAGUCUCCGUAAUUCAGCGCUGUUUCUCCACAAGUUUGUGUUUGCAUGCCUCAUCAAAGUCACCAUUAUGUUUAGUCAACAUAAUGAAAACUAAGUGAGCGGUUAACACCCAGGAAAGAUGUCAGACUGUCCUGGAAACCAGAAUAAAGAGAGCACAACUUAGUAGGUAGCUGCUGUGAUUGUGCUGUCUGAACACUUCUGGAGUGGGAAGGAUCAUUCUGGGAGGCGUCUGGGAGAGAACCUGACAACAAAAGGGAGAUGAACCUUGCUUGCAGCAGUUUUAGGAGUCCAUCAGAGCAGUGUAACUCUUGCAUGUACUUGUGAUAUUUUUCUUUAUUUGGCUUUUGGUUCAUCCUACUAUCCCCCCCUUCCCAUCGCUCCCUGUUUCUUUUCUGCCAUGCCCUUCUGACUACGUUGUCAGCUUUUCUAUAGCAGGUCCUGGACUUUUACUGUCAGCUGCAUUCAAAGAGGAAAAUUAACUAAGGAAACCAUGAACAAACAUUCUGGUUUGCAGGAAUAUCCUCUGAGACUGUUCUAGUGUUUGCACAAGUCAGUCCUGCAGUGCAUCAGAGCCCCAAGAAAGAACCUAGUGCCUGCUUAGCUUUUUUUCCUUCUGAAUGAAGUGACCAAAGAUACCAUUUAAUGCUGGUUGCUGCAUUGCUGAUGUAAAUUCCUGCCCAUUCAGAGCUGUGUAAAAGCCACCCUGUAUUCUGCAGAGGCAACCUGGUCAUCAGAGCAGUAACAGGUUGACUGCUUAUGUCCACAUUCACAUUAAAUCUAGCAGCUUAGUGGGGAAAGGCUUCAUCAAUAACAGUCUAUGCCCUAAUGCAAUCUAGGAGGUUAAGUUUAGUGAAGUGAAUAAAUCAGAAUACCAGUUAGAGCAGAAAAAAGGCUGGGGAGAAUUGAUUUGAAUCUGUACAAGCGGCCAUGCAGUAGCACUUGAUGUUCUCAUACAUUAAAUCAUGGAGUGCUGCUCUGCCCAGUUUGACAGUUCCCAGCACAUUUAGCAAAUACUUCAGUACACACAAAAACCCUUGAAUUUGACUUCACAGGGCUAGUCUGCCAUAGCAGGUAUUUAUCCCGUAAGUAUAUUUUGGGGAGAGCAAAUGGAAAACAAGUAACACAUAGGGAAUUUCAGAGAGGUUGAACAUAUUUUAGAGGGUUUUGCAGGCUAGUGGUUUGUCACUUGAGGACAAAUGCAGGACUCAGGAUGAAUUCCUAAGCCUUCCACUAAAAUUCCUUUUUGAUCCCACUGGAAUGCUUCUGGGCUUCAUUUUUAAGUACAAGUGAUGCUGACCUGCAUGUAUAUUCAAAUCUACAACUUCUCAUGAGCCCCACCAAUCCAUGACAGCCCUGUCCUGCCUGUCUCCACCUUGGAUCAAUGCUGAGAUGAAAGCCAACUGCUAGCGACCUAACAUUUCAUCGAGAUAGAAUCAAACUGCAAGCCCUGUCUGGUUGCUGGAGAAAACAGUGUCAGCCAUUUCAGAGAAGUGCUGGUGUUGUUUUUUGGGGGGAGCUCUGGGGGGGAAGGGUUGUAUUUUGCAAGCAAAGCACUUCCUAUCCACCAGCUCUGCCCAGAAUUCCUCCUGAGGAUGUAAAGCCAAAUGACAGCAGCAGCUGGGCCAGGAAAGGUGUGAAAUGGAAAGAAAAAAGUACUUCAACACAGUGAACCUUUCAAGAACAUGAGCAGAAAAGAGAAAGGAAGAGAUAGUUUGAAGGAGUAUUUUGGCAGAUAGAUGCUCAGUUCAAACCCUUCUACGCAAAAGGUCAUUUUGUAGAGGAGGGCAUCUUCAGCUGUUACUGAUAUCAGCCUUAGCUGCUCAUUCAUUAUGUUAAGGAUUGUGACAAAAUAAUUUCUUCUACAAAAACCACAGUAGACUCUUCGUGCCCCUCUAUACAAACACAGUAGCCUGGGUGGGACAGAACUACAGACAAAUAGCACCAAUAUGCCAGAAUUGUGCUAUGCAGCACAUCCUUACCUACAAUCUAGAUAGAAGUGAGCAAUGCAAUUUUCCUUUGUCUUUAUCAGUCUUAUGCAUUAUGUUAGGAAUAAAAUAAGUAAGACUAAUAACACUAAACAGUUAAACAGCAUUUGAUAAAUAAAGAUGCUCAAAGUAAUAUGUGCUACAUGGUUGUUACUAAGACACAGUAAGUAGUUAUUAACAGUUAUAAAUAAUAACAUACUUAACUGGAACAACUAAUAGUCUUUCCAAUCCCACCUCCCUCUCCUCAGCUAUCCAUGAUGCAUUGGGUUUAAGAGGUUUCUCCUCAAUCACCUUCAGAAGAGGACAUCAUCUACGCCCUGUGCUCCUCUCUACCCCUUCCCACAUGUCCUGAACAUAGCCUCUAAAUCUGGGGCAGUUUUUUCAUGAAUGUCCAUUCCCCUCUGCUUCUUGUACUCUCAAGUCCAAGAGCUUCCAGCUUAAAAAAAAAGAAUUCUUCCUGACAAGAUGGACAUUUUUUUUUUGCCUGGGACGUGUCCAUGGUCCCAUCAACAGUGCCCCACACAGCCUCACUUCUCUUGCCCUCCCUCCAGUUCUCACAGUGGCCCUUUAUGCUCAAAUCACACCUAUCCAAAAAUGGGAGUUUAGAGAGCUGCUCUGACAUAGGCUAGAAAAACUCUGCUGUGGUCUGGUUCACAAAAGCAAAGGACUCAUUCUAUAUGUACGCUCUGCUACAUAAUUUCUUAAGUUCCACAUCUUAAUUUGCUUUAUAAGUGCUGGAGUCGGUCCCCUCAGAAGCUCAAUAAAAUAGAGGUAAUCAAGGACAGGAUCAGCUUUCUGAGGGUGCUGUGACCUAGAGGCAGGUCUGAUUACAUCAUUUGUUUUGGGAUGAGUCCGAGGAGCUUUAUAAAAAGCAGACCUGAAAGGAGGGAGAGAGACAAGGAAACAGAAGGGCAAUUACUCAUUAGCAGAAGGUCUGCAUGUGUGCAAUCUGCAGUUUGCCAGAUACCUACAAGGGAGUUUUCUUCAGAGUACAGAGAAACGUGUGAACUGUUGGUAUAUUACAAGACUUUCCUUGAGAUGUCAGUCAAGAGCUGCAAUAGAGCCGUAGUCACCGCUGUGCUCAUUUUCUUCCUAAAGAUACAACUCUCGGUACCAGCGUCGCUGAAUGGGUCAAAAUGGUCCUAUAUUGGCCCUGAUGGAGAGAACACCUGGCCGAAGAAAUAUCCAUUUUGUGGAGGAGUAUUUCAAUCACCAAUAGAUUUUCACAAAGAUAUUCUCCAGUACGAUUCUAAUCUCUCACCUUUAGAAUUCAUAGGCUACAAUGUGUCUUCCACUGACCAGUUUACACUGACUAAUAAUGGGCAUUCAGUGAAAAUGCAUCUGUCACCUACCAUGCACAUCAGAAACCUCCCUUUUGAAUACACUGCAUCUCAACUUCACCUGCACUGGGGAAACAGAAACAAGUCAGAAGGCUCCGAGCACACAAUCAGUGGGAAGCACUUUGCAGCAGAGAUGCACAUUGUACAUUACAACUCUGAGAAAUAUCCAGAUAUAACAGCAGCAAUGGACAAAGCAAAUGGACUGGCAGUUCUGGCUAUUCUUCUGGAGAUUGGACCCUUCAACCCAUCCUAUGAAAAGAUCUUCAGGCACUUCCGGAACGUGAAAUAUAAGGAUCAGAUGGUCCAUGUGCCCGGUUUCAAUGUUCAAGAACUGCUACCAGACAGACCAGAUGAGUAUUAUCGCUAUGAAGGAUCCCUGACAACUCCUCCUUGCUACCCAAGUGUUCUCUGGACAGUCUUCCGGCACCCUGUUAAAAUUUCACAAGAGCAGCUGCUGGCACUGGAAACAGCCAUGUACUGCACAGAGAGUGAUGACCCAGAACCCCUGGAAAUGGUCAAUAACUUCCGAAAUGUUCAGGAGUUUCGUGAAAGACUUGUUUUUAUCUCCUUCCAUGAAGGUGUACUCGUCUCUGUUGUGAUAGCCUGCAUUGUGGGAGUCCUCAUCUUUCUUGUAAUAGCCUGUUGCCUAUGCAGGAGGAGAAGCUGCAAAAAUGAAGAGAGCCGAGAGGUGACCUACACGCAAGGCAUGCAGCAGAAGGAAGAAGCUGUUUCCAAACUAUGAUGCUGUGCUCUGUCUCAGAUGCCCCAUUUCACUCAUAGCACUGACUGAUCCUGCACCAGUGGAACAUCCUGGUGCUCUCUUGUGGAGCGGAGCCUCUUGCUCCUGGCUAAUGAUAAGCUCAGAGUGUUCUAAAAAUGUACCAGCCCAAACUCUUACUGGAGCCUUUGUUCUCCUUUUCCAGGGAGAUAUGAUCAGUGAAUACUGCUGAGAGCUAAAUUCCUCCCCACAAUUUCUUCGUGCUGGCUGCUUAUUGAGUCUGGGUCUUCAAACUGAUUCUAUGGUUAAUCCUAAACUCCAGUUUUAUGGUUUGUUUAGCAAAGAUUUUCCCACAAGUAUUCGAACCUGAAGACUCUGAACAAGGUACUCCUUACUGCUAGAUCUGUGUUUUGGUCUUUGGGUAAUCCAGGAAAAGCAUCAUGAAUACCAACAUCCUGCAUUCCGGUCAUUAUAAAUCCUCACAGAUCUGUUAAAAGGGCAUUUUACCUUAUUUAUCUUAAUAUCCUGCUGUUAUUUAUAGCAUGUAUAUGGAUGAUGUGGGAGAUGCUGCCACAGCUGCUGCUUUUUAACAUGCUGCUUCUUAUUUAAUCGUGAAAUCUUGACUGAUUUUAGAGUACAUACAGAAAUCCAAUUAUAUCGUAGAUCGUUUUGCUGAUUUAGUUUUCUGAAUUUAGUAAUUUAAUUAUUAGAAGGUAAUUAAAGUUAUCUCCUCAAAUUUCAUCAGA